AGCAAUAGUCACAUGACAUGUUUCCUGUCAAGAUGGCGGAUAGUCUCCCUUCGGAGUUUGAUGUGAUCGUAAUAGGGACGGGUUUGCCUGAAUCCAUCUUUGCGGCUGCAUGUUCAAGAAUUGGCCAGAGGGUUCUGCAUGUUGAUUCAAGAAGCUACUAUGGAGGAAACUGGGCCAGUUUUAGCUUUUCAGGUCUAUUGUCUUGGCUAAAGGAAUAUCAGGAAAACAGUGACAUUGUUAAUGAAAUUCCAUCAUGGCAAGAGCAGAUCCUUGAAAAUGAAGAUGUCAUUUUUCUUAGCAGGAAGGACAAAACCAUUCAACAUGUGGAAGUAUUUUGUUAUGCCAGUCAGGAUUUGCAUGAAGAUGUCGAAGAAGCUGGCGCACUGCAGAAAAAUCAUGCCUCUGUGACAUCUGCAAACUCCUCAGAAGCUGCAGAUUCUUCCUGCCUGCCUACAGAAGAUGAGUCAUUAGGCUCUGGUAACUGUGAAAUGCCUGCAGAGCAAACUCCAAACAGUGCUCCAGAGAGUACUCUAGAAGUAAAUGGCGAUAAAGUGAUAGGAGAGAAAGAAAAUCAUUGUGAUAAUAAAACGUGUGUACCAUCAACUUCAGGAGAGGAAACAAGUGAAAAUGUGCCUACAGCAAAAGAUACUGCAGAGCAACCAAAGAAAAAUAGGAUUACUUACUCGCAAAUUAUUAAAGAAGGCAGGAGAUUUAAUAUUGACUUAGUAUCAAAACUGCUGUAUUCUCGAGGAUUGCCAAUUGAUCUUCUAAUCAAAUCUAAUGUUAGCCGAUAUGCAGAGUUUAAAAAUAUUACCAGGAUUCUUGCAUUUCGAGAAGGAAAAGUGGAACAGGUUCCUUGUUCCAGAGCAGAUGUCUUUAAUAGCAAACAACUUACUAUGGUAGAAAAGCGGAUGCUAAUGAAAUUUCUUACAUUUUGUAUGGAAUAUGAAGAACAUCCUGAUGAAUACAAAGCCUGUGAGGAGAUAACAUUUUCGGAGUAUUUAAAAACUCAAAAAUUAACCCCCAACCUUCAGUAUUUUAUCCUACAUUCGAUUGCAAUGACUUCAGAAACAGCCAGCAGUACCAUCAGUGGUCUCCAAGCUACUAAAAACUUUCUUCACUGUCUUGGGCGGUAUGGCAACACUCCAUUUUUGUUUCCUUUGUAUGGCCAAGGAGAACUUCCCCAGUGUUUCUGCAGGAUGUGUGCUGUGUUUGGUGGAAUCUAUUGUCUUCGCCAUUCUGUACAGUGCCUUGUAGUGGACAAAGAAUCCAAAAAAUGUAAAGCGAUCAUAGAUCACUUUGGUCAGAGAAUAAUGUCUAAGCAUUUCCUUGUGGAGGACAGUUACUUGUCUGAGAGUACAUGUUCACGUGUGCAAUACAGGCAGAUCUCCAGGGCCAUCCUGAUUACAGAUAGAUCUGUACUAAAAGCAGAUUCAGAUCAACAGAUUUCCAUUUUGACAGUACCAGCAGAGGAACCAGGAACUUCUGCUAUUCGGGUCAUUGAGUUAUGUUCUUCAACGAUGACAUGCAUGAAAGGCACCU